CAGUUCUGUCAUUGAUUGACGUUGACGUAAGUAAAGUCAUUGAAACAAGAAUAAAAAAUGUGAGUGAAUGUUUAUUUUUGACGCAAAUUAAAUGUAGUUUAGUUUCAGUUCAGCCAAAUAUCUUCAAAAUGUACUCCAGGAUCAAGCUAAAUUGGUGCAGCUGUACCGGUGCUCCUGGUGUGUUCUGUAGAUAUUUGAGCUCUGCUGAAAUCUCCACUGCAUUACGACCAUUCUACUUCAGCGUCCACCCCGACCUUUUCGGAAAAUAUCCAGAGCAAAGGAAAGUGAAUGAAAACUCAUUGCAACAGUUAAGUGCCUUGCUUGAGGCUCAGCAAGCCAGCAGGAGACUGGCAGUACCACCACUACCUUUUUAUCUGAGACAAAAAGAUAUGCCAGAAGGUAAAUUCAAGUUAGUAAAAAUACAACUAAAUGGAAGCAAUCCUCGGGACACUGUAGUCAAAGUUUUGAAUGCAUGUGAAAUGUCAACAACCUAUGUGGACAAAAUACCAAGAAAUCAGAAACCACCAGAUUUGAGUUUCAGUAAAGCAGAUUUCAACAAAGCAUAUCAAGAAUUCUCAGAAAACUUUAAUGAUGCAACUCGAAUAAAAAGGAGAGUGGAAGAAAAAAAGAUAAAUAUAGAUAAUAUUGUGAACUGGGUUAUAGAUAACAGCACAUUAGCUAGAGAAAAAUAUGAAUCAACAAGUGCAACAAGAGAACAAGUGAAGAGCUUAAUAGACCACUUAGUCAAUACAUAUGGUAUAAAACAAGUCAGAUACGAAAGUGGAUGGAAUAUAAGCCAUAUCAGAGGAGCUCUUCAAAGUCUCAAGUCUUUGGCUACACAGCAUACUAGUGUUAUGUCUAAUUUGGAAGGCAGAAUUCUAGCUCUCGGAGCAUUCACUGGAGUUAGUUUAGAUGGAGAAGUGUAUCUAAACAUUAUUGACGUUAGAAACGAAUGGCUUUCUUUAAUAAAGAAAGUGAGUCAAGAAGAUGCCGCGCUUAUUUCCAUACCAAAUUAUGAGGAAACUUUAUCAGGAAUCCUUCGAGAUAUUCACGUCCGUAGAAGAAAGUUCAUGCCGAAAGUGUCAGCGUCACAAUACUGCAACCACCUGAGACAACUAGUGACAUCUAUUGGCGACUUUUACGGGCGCGGUCACAAGUUUCCUGAAUCUAUACCAAAUUCCCUUAGCAAAUAUGAAAUUGUUGUCGAACCAGAAGCGGGACCUCUAAUGGUGUCCCCGACCGGACAGUUCAUAACGCCGGCGUCGUGCCCCGCCGCAGAGCUCGUGGCCUUCAUCGGCGAACACAUCGACGAUGCCACCUUACGUAUGACCGAAUACAGCAUAAACAAACACAUCGAGAAGGCUCUGUACAAGGAAGUGAAAGAGAGAUUCGGUCUCCUCGAGCUCCACAAAGAUGACAGCAUCACCCCAGCACUGAUGAUCCUGUGCUGCCAGAGAUUGCUCACGCGGGCUGAUAAACUACACUCGAAACUACAAGGGAACAUACUUUAUAUAACUCACUAUUACUCUGUGCUAUCGGACGGCGUGCUGUGUAUUCCCUGGGAUUUCAAGUAGAACGACCAUGACAUGCCUGCGGCCGCCUCCUUACAAGACCAUAGACAAUAACUAGAUUCUUUUAUCGAAUGAGAUAAAGUUUGCAUUUUUCCUAGAAUAUUUGUUAGAGAAUAUCAAAAUACAUUUAGACAAAUAAUUAAUAAACAUAUAAGAUAAUUGAAAGUUUUGAAAGGUUUUGAAAAAAAAGUAUUCUUACACGACACGGUAUCUAUCUCCCGCCGUGCGUGAGUCAGUCGCAAAUUGUAAGAUUUUUAAAAAGAAAUAAUAUGUGCGUUGACCGGAUUUCUAACCUCUUUACAAGUUUAUAAAUAAUAUGAUCACUUGAUCAGGAAAUUUAUUCAAUAAAACAUGUAAUACUUACACAUUGCUAUAUUUAAAAACAUAAGAACAGUCUUAUAGAGUCGCAAAAAAUAAGUAAUUUACAAUAUUGCAAUCAUAGAAAAUACUAUAUAUAUUUUUAAGCAGAAACAUUGUGAUAUAUGUGAUAGUUAUUCAAUUUUUUUUAUUUACAAAAUAUAUACAUCUCCACUAAAUAAGUUGAUAAUGUGAUUGAGAAAUAAGUAUAAUAUUAUUAUCAGCAUCAAAUUGAACGGUAAAAAUAAAAAAAAUAGUAAAUA